AUGGCGGACGAGCAGGUCGCCGCUCCACAGGAGGAUGCGCCCUUGGUCGUUAACCUCAACCUCAUCCAACCAAGCGGCACCUCACUAAGCUUCGCCCGAACACCAGCUGCUACCACUUUGCGCCAGCUCAAGGCCAAAGUUCGAGAGGGACUCCCCUCGCGACCAUCCGACGAGCAAAUCAGAUUCAUCUACCGCGGCCAUCUGUUGCAGCGCGAUACCGACACAUUGCUGGAUGUCUUUACAGAACAGGUGAUCCGAUCAAGCGGCGACCAACAAUCUCUUCAUAUGGUGAUCAGAGAUGUUGUCAACCAGCCGUCUGGCAACACCCCCCAGCUCGCAACACCGAACCAUGGCCAGAGCCCUGCGCCUGGCAAUGCGAAUGCCCCUCCCAACAACCAUGCGCAACCUCCAUUUGGCCGCCAGCCACAUAUCCAGUUUCACCCUCAGCAUGGAAUUCGUGUGGCAGCCGCCGGCUUUAUCCCGCCUCCACAGCCCAUGGUCCAUCACCUACAACACCAAGAUAUGGUUCAGUGGGGUGCUCACCUUCAGCGGGAGGCCUUUCAGCGGCAAGUAGCGCAUAUGAAUACUCAACGACACUUUGGAUAUGGUAUUCCGCCUCUCGAUGGCGUACACCACGGCCCGGUCAUGGGGGCUGAGCACCCGGCGCAUGCCUUGACGCGGGAUAUGGUUGGGCCCAACGGACAACAAGUACGCAUCACUGUUCAGAACGAGGUCGUUGCGCCAGCCGCUGGCUCUGCUCCAGGAGCGGGCGGUCCUACAUCCAACCCUGGAAGUCAUCGCCCAUCUUCUGCGAACCAGACUCGUGACUGGAUCCAUGGUGAUGACGCCGCUAGGGCCUCGCAAACCAUCACUGAUGCGAUGCAAAGAAGUGCAUCUGGCGCAUCCUUAGCAAACAUGGCGGCUAAUCUUGCGAAUUCCAAUGGGCCUAUUCAGCCAAUUCAACCUGGGGUGACUACGCCUCUCUUUCCCGGUGUAUCCAGACAUGUCAGUCGUUCUGCGACCCCAGAUCCCCACACCAGACAUGCUGCCUAUGGUAUUCCGCCGCUGCAGCGGCAGGUAGCACCACAGAAUCAAUCUCAAUCACAACCCCAGGGCCAACAGGGACAGUCCCAAGCUCGGGCCUUGGAUGAUCUCGAGGUUCACAUUUUGUACGACCAGGCCGGUCCUCGUGCGUUACUGGUAAACAGUCCUCUAGAUCUGUACACCUCGCGGCAGCCACAUGCUUUACCUGUGAGGCCACCACAGCACGUCUACCAGCCCAUGGCUUUCGGCGUACCUCCUAUGGCAGGCCCUCUUUUCUACCCACCUCCGUUCUAUCCCCCGCCAGCCAUGUAUCUGCCACCUUUUCAACCGAGCCCCAUGCCAUUGGCUUUCCAGCAGCCGCAACCCGGACCGGUGCCACCGCCUCUCUGGCCAAACCCAAAUGCAGCAGCUCACGGGCCAGUACAACCCCAGCAGGGACAAGCCCAAGCAGGUUUCCAGGCUCAUCCUGUCGACGGCCUUCGGCAUCGGGUUCAGCAGGCCCAAGUGGCAGCUCCAGCUAACCCUCCUCUUGCCCGGCCUCCACAGUUUGGACAUCAGGGCAACCCUGGAGGGUGGGUGGUGGCUGCCUGGCCCACCGUGUGGCUCAUCAUUCGUCUGGCCGCUUUUGCCUUUUGGUUCUCCUACAGCAACCCCUCAUGGGAACGGUGGCUGUCGUUGAGUAUAGCGUCCCUGAUCCUCCUGGCGUUCCAUACAGGGAUUUUGAACGCCUUGGUCAACGAAGUGUUUCAGCCCAUCAGAGAGCAUAUUGAGAACCUGAUCCCCAAUCCGGAACAUCAGAAUCAACAGAGACCAGCACAGAACGCACCAGCAGGGGCUGGUCAGGCUGGCAACCCCGAUCCGGCGGAGACUGCGCGGCGGUUGGUAGCGCAGAGACGGAAUGCUAAUGGAAAUUGGCUACAAAACCAGGCCAGGUGGCUAGAGAGAGCAGGUAUCUUGCUUCUGGCCAGUUUGGCGCCAGGGGUUGCAGAGAGACAUAUUCAGCAACUGGAGGCGCGGGAAAGGGAGGAGAGGAGAGCUGCUGAAGAGGCUGCCGAACGGGAGAGGGCCGCUGCUCGAGCAGCCCAGGAGGCCCAGACGGAAGGGCAGCAACCAGGACAUGAAGAUGGAGCGGACCAUGGGCAGCAAGAGGAGUCUCCAGUACAGCCCCAGCCUCAGGCUCAAGCUCCUUUGGUGGAGGUAUAA